AGCUGAAUUCUCUGAAUAUCAUCAGAAACCAGAUGGUAAAUUUGCAUAAAUUUGGUAUUCAUUUCCGUUCAGAGACCUUUUACCUGCAGGGUGCAGAUUCUAAAGGGGGCUGUGAGUGAGUUUCAGGAAUCACUGAACCUUCCCAAUACCACCCAUCUUCAAAAUCGCGCAUAAAAUUAUGAGUUCAUGCACCUUUUUUUGGAGUGGUUACAUCAGAUUCCAAAAGGUGCCACCCAUGGUUCAAAACAGACCAGAGACCUUUCCUUUGUCUUGGCUGCGCCCCCCCAAAUCCUGGGCAGUGGUGCACCAGCCAGCCUGCAUGUCAGGGCCAUGCUGUGAGCCCCCACCCGGGAAGACUUUACCUGCAUUAACCAAUGUCACCUGCACAGCGCUCUCCAGAGGUGAGUACCACCAUUACCCCCAUCAUACAGAUGAAGAAACUGAAGAACCAAGAGGCUACCGGGCCUUGGCCAAAGGCCAACAACUAGUAAAUGUCAGACACUCAAAAAACUUACAACUGGAGGGAAAAAAAUAAACUGUCAGGAGCUGGUGCAAGACUUUUUAUGACAUAAAGUUUCACGCUUUCUGCUUUCUUGUCAUAUGGACGUGUGCUCAGUAGACUCCCAGUGAUGAAAGACAACCGUCAACACAUAGCUUGUGAUAGGAACUUCUGCAAGAACGUGGGAGAGGCCCGCUGGCAAGCCAAGAGAGAGAGUAAGCUUGCAAAGUGGGCGGCUGCGUGUGGCAUAAGAAGUAAGUGGCUGUGUCCAGGAACAAGCGAUAGCAUCCUCUACCUAAAAGCCGAAACAGACAUUUUCAUCCUGGUGUGCUGGGCUUUUUUGAGGAAUUUCCUCUUCAUUUAGAUUCCAGUUACGCACGCCAAUUGGUUCUGUUAUUUCGGGCUUAUAUUAAGGAAAACAUUGCCGAUUACUCCCACGUUCAUUUUCCCAGGAAACAGCAUGGAGAGCAUGCUGAUCAGGCAGCUUGGGUAUGCAGCUCGUGUGGAAUUAAUCUUGGGGUUCGCUUCUUCCCACUGGCAUCUUGUACAGCGAGGAGAGAGUAAGCUUGCGCCCAACUCUAAAUUUAGCCGUCUCCACUCUCAGAAAUGACUUGCCUUGUGCAGGAGCCCAGCUUCAGGCUGAUGGGUUUUUUCCCUUGCAAAUUUACAAGGUGCUGAAUCUAUAGAGCAGCUAGCACCUGUCUGGAACUCUGCUGGAUCUUUGAAUGACAUUUCAGAGAUCACUCUGAGGUCUCUAUUUAUGGCUGGUUUUCACUUUGAGACUUGUGUCAACCACGGUUUAUUAAUCCCCAAAGAAUUAACCGUGUUCAAAGUUUGCGUUAUCAUUUUUUCAAGUUCUGCCUUCAGGGAAAAACAUGUAUUGAUGGUACUUAAGUGAAUCACUAGCCAUGGGUCUGAUUUUUUUUUAACUCCAAGACUAUGGUAAUAUUUAUACACAAAGGAAACAUUGUCUUCUCAGGUUUUUUAGAUUUUAAAAGUUUUUGUCAUACCCUAGGCAUAGGCUUUUUAUUAAGAAUAAGAAAUAAAAAACUUUUGGCCUAAAUCACCAGUGAGUCAAAACACUAACAUUAUUUUUCUGAUAAAAAGCUGCACACUGGGAAAUUCCUUGAGCACCUGUUCCUGGAUGAGAAAACCAGGACUCAGGAGGGUUAUGUGACUUACCUGAUGAUACACAGCCAUUUACUCAAACUGGGAUUAGAAUCCAGGGCUCUGGAUGCUUUGCUGAUGAUCUAAAUUACCUGUGAAGACUGGCUGUGCUGAGGUGGUGUCAGCGGGACCUGAGCAGGAGGUGACUCGCCAUCAUUCUGGGGCAGGUGGUGCCCACAAAUCUGGGAGGGUCACCACUACGUCUCCAGGGGGCCCCUGCCAUGGGAGACAGUCCAUCUCACAUGCUGCCCAGCACGACCCAACUGAAGCAAAACCGUCAGGUGACUUAGUGGUGAUACCGCCGCGAUGCUGGCUGUUGCACCUGCCUUGUGUGCCUGGCUCUCCUUUACACGUAUCAUUUCAUUUAGUUUCAUUCUUGUGAAGACUUUGAGCCAGGAGUCCUCAUCCCCUUGUCACUGAUGAGACAGGCCCCAGGGCCCACACCAGGUAACACGGUGUGCCUGGCGCGCAGAGGAAGACUGGGAGAUCUGUGUUGAGUGACCAAAGAGAAGGUAAGUAGCGUCCCAGAGGAACAUCCCACCGUCUGGACUCGAGAACCACUGUCUGCCUCUUCAGCCUAAACAGCCUCUCCUGAAAAUUUUCCACCACCUGUCCCUGCAGAAAAUUCACCAAAGGGAAAGAGAUUCCCUGUUCCUCUAAAACUCCAGGAUCUUUGCCAGACCCUCUGUCCUCCCGGACACCUGUGCAUAGGGACUUUCUGGGUGUCUCAUUUAGGAGACAGACCAGUAGAGUGCUCUCCAGGGCCAUGUAGAAGUGUAGGGUACCUAGCCACUGCAGGUCUCCAGGGCCAUGUAGAGGUGUAGGGUACCCACUGCAGCUCUCCAGGGCCAUUUAGAGGUAUAGGGUACCUAUUGCAGGUGCAGCUAAGAGGGCUAGAAUCAGAGUCCUGCCGCCCAGGGUUGAGCUCUGUCUUCCCCAGAUCCCAGCUGUGUGACUUUGGCCAAGUCCCUUAACCUCUCAGAAUUUGUUUCCUCAUCUGUCGGGGAGAACAGUAAUAUUGACCUUGUCUAGUGGCUGGUAGGGGCCAUGCGGAGCCAGUGCUCACUAAGGGGUGUUUGUUGGGUUUAUUAGUCUUAUUACCUGUGCCUUGGGGCACGCUUGUCACAGUGGUUUCCCUCAAAUAUUGAGGUAGGUGUUUACAUAUUUUUAUCUCAAAAGGCAUGUUUAUUGUAUAAUUUUAAAACAAAAUCUUCCAUAAUCCCCCCUCCAGAUUGCAGUUGACAGUUUGGAUAUUAUGUUCUGGAAUUUUUACUAUGUAUGUGUUAAAAUACAUGCUCAAACAUUCUGUUUCUCACAAGAGACGUCCCAGUGUGCCUGGGUCAUUGUUUUGUGUCAAGGUGUCACGCCCUGCCUCUCCAAGCGUCAUGGGCUGUGCAUUUCACUGUCUGAUGCACUUGGUGUCCCACGCCUGGUUUUGGCCCCAGGCUUCAGGGCUCUGCUGGCCGCUCCAUGACCCCAGCCGCAGGGUCCCCAAGGGAGCGAGUUUCUGUGAUCACCAGGUGGCCCCUCCUCCUCCUCAUCUAUCAGAGCCCCCUCCCUUUUCAGUCCAGCUGCUCUACGGUCAGCACAUGCAUGUGACCAACCUGGGGGCUCUGCCCUCAAGGCCAGAGGAAGUGGUGAGCACGGAGGGUUAAGGGGUUAGGUGACUUCAUUAGGGUCCCAGAUGGCUCAGAGCAGCUCUGGAGAUGGAAGUCCAAACAUGAGCCCCCAAACCUGGAGCUGCUGUCCGCUCCCUGCUCCCCUCCAUGUCCCCUCCCCCACUUCCCUAGCUGGGCCCUGAGCCCCCCCACCCUCUGCGCUUCCAUCACUGUCCCUCCCUCCUCUGCCCUGGCCUCCUUCCUUGCCUGCCUCCCUGUCACCUCUGAGGAUGCUUCUCAGUGGAAGGUCCUAGAUUCAGUGUUGUAGCUUUAUUAUGCAGUGUCAGGAGAGUCGAAGAACAGGUGAGGUGGGGUCCGCAUCCUUGUUUCUGGAUGUUGUUGAGGGGAAGCAGGUGGAGCUGGAAAAUGAAGAUGGGUCCUCUGCCAGUGUUUACUGCAAAUAGUUUCCUGUAUUUGAGAUAUUUUAAGCUUGAUUACCUCCCCCGGUUGAUAUGUUGCCUGUGUAAAUUCAGCUGGCGUUUCUUGGCUUGAUCAUAACGUGGCUCAAAAUACACACUCCUGGGUGAUAGAGUUCAGCUUAAAAAAAGCCUGAAAGGCUAUGACCUGCUGCAAAGUUGGGGAGUGAGGGCCGUGGGUGGGGAGUUGUGUUAGCGGGGCUGUGUGCCCCCGGAUGCCGUGAAUGCUAACGUCUUGUUUCUGCUCUGUCCCUCAUGCCUACCCGGACACAGCGAGAGGGAUUUUGCUUAUGUAGCAAGAGACAAAGAUACAAGAAUUUUGAAAUGUCAUGUAUUUCGAUGUGACACCCCAGCAAAAGCCAUCGCCACAAGUCUGCACGAAAUCUGUUCCAAGAUUAUGGCCGAGCGGAAGAAUGCCAAAGCCCUGGCCUGCAGCUCCUUACAGGAAAGGACCAAUGUGAACCUAGAUGUUCCUUUGCAAGUAGAUUUUCCAACACCAAAGACUGAGCUGGUGCAGAAGUUCCACGUGCGGUACCUGGGCAUGUUACCUGCAGACAGACCGGUCGGAAUGGAGACCCUGAACAGUGCCAUAGAAAGUCUUAUGACAUCAUCCAACAAGGAGGACUGGCCGUCAGUGAACAUGAACGUGGCCGAUGCUACUGUGACCGUCAUCAGUGAAAAGAAUGAAGAGGAGGUCUUGGUGGAGUGCCGAGUGCGAUUCCUGUCCUUCAUGGGUGUCGGGAGGGACGCCCACACGUUUGCCUUCAUCAUGGACACUGGGAACCAGCGCUUUGAGUGCCAUGUUUUCUGGUGUGAGCCCAAUGCUGGUAACGUGUCUGAGGCAGUCCAGGCCGCCUGCAUGUUACGGUAUCAGAAGUGCUUGGUAGCCAGGCCACCUUCACAGAAAGCCCGACCGCCUCCACCGCCAGCAGACUCAGUGACCAGAAGAGUCACUACCAAUGUAAAGCGAGGGGUCCUGUCCCUUAUUGACACUUUGAAACAGAAACGCCCUGUCACAGAAACGCCGUAGGUGCAUAUGGUAAAGACUCUAAUACUGCCCUGAAGAUUGAAUAGCUACGCUCAAGAAGAUGGACUGACAUCUGACCUUCCAUUCAGUUGCUGAUGCUUUGUCUUCAGAGAAUUUAUCCUUAACCAAACAGUGUUAGACAAGCAUGUCCUCUCGUCUUGCCACCAUCACGUGAUAUGAAAAGAAGCAUGAAUAAUUUUUUUUGCUGUCAGUAAGUUACAUCAUGAGCAGUGGAAGGUCUUUUUCUUAUUGUAAAUAUUGUGAACAUUACUUCACACACACAGGGAAGGAUGUGGCCACACCCCUCCUAGUGAACUAACGCUGUGUCUUGGCGUGAACGAUGCCUGAGUUAGUUUCACUGGCUUCUUGACUGGGGAUCUUUCACAAGCAACUUUUAAGUUCUACAGCACUUUGCCCUGUUUUCAACAUUGGAAUAGACACUUCCUAGCAGAUACCACUGAACUGCUAUAAAAAUAGGAUGGCGAGUUUUUGUUUUAGUUUUUCAUAAAAUUGAACACGUUGUUUGACAAAA